AUGGUGUUGCAGGAUCUCGGGCGGCGCAUCAAUGCCGCCGUCAACGACCUCACCCGCGCGCCAACGCUCGACGAGAAGGCCUUCGAUGGCAUGAUCAAAGAGGUCUCCAACGCCCUCGCCGAGGCCGAUGUCAACAUCAAAUUGGUCGCCACAUUACGAAAGUCGAUCAAAGCCGCCGUGAAGUUCCAAGAACUCCCGCCUCACGCGAACAAGAAGCGCAUCAUCCAAAAGGCCGUCUUUGACGCCCUCGUCGACAUCGUCAACCCCCACCAAACACCAUACAACCCGAAGAAAGGCAAGAGCAAUGUCAUCAUGUUCGUCGGUCUACAGGGUGCGGGAAAGACGACGACAUGUACGAAACUGGCGAGAUGGUACCAAGCGCGAGGCUUCAAGACGUGCCUGGUCUGCGCGGAUACGUUCCGUGCGGGAGCCUUCGAUCAACUGAAGCAGAACGCGACGAAAGCGAAAAUCCCCUACUACGGCUCCCUCACACAAACCGACCCGGUCGCAGUGGCGAGGGACGGAGUGGAGAAGUUCAAAAAAGAGCGCUUCGAGAUCAUCAUCGUGGACACAUCCGGACGGCACCACCAAGAAGACGCCCUCUUCGCCGAAAUGGUCGAGAUUCAAUCCGCGGUGCAGCCGCACCAAACGAUCAUGGUCCUCGACGCAUCCAUCGGCCAAGCCGCCGAGGCGCAGUCCCGCGCCUUCAAAGAGACCGCGGAUUUCGGCGCCAUCAUCAUCACCAAGACCGACGGCGCCGCGGCCGGAGGAGGCGCCAUCUCCGCCGUGGCCGCGACCCACACGCCCAUCGUCUUCAUCGGCACGGGCGAGCACCUGCUGGACCUGGAGAAGUUCAACCCGGAGUCGUUCGUCAGCAAGCUGCUCGGCAUGGGCGACAUGCAGGGGCUGGUGGAGCACGUGCAGAGCCUCAAGCUCGACCAGAAGGAGACGAUGAAGAACCUCACCGAGGGCAAGUUCUCGGUGCGCGACCUGCGCGACCAGCUCCAGAACAUCAUGAAGAUGGGCCCGCUGUCCAAGAUGGCCGGCAUGAUCCCGGGGCUGUCGGGCAUGAUGGCCGGCAUGGACGACGCCGACGGCAGCCUGAAGCUCAAGCGCAUGAUCUACAUCUGCGACAGCAUGACGGCCGCGGAGCUGGACUCGGACGGGAAGCUGUUCGUCGACCAGCCCACGCGGAUCACGCGCGUCGCCCGCGGCUCGGGCACGUCGGUGCGCGAGGUCGAGGAGCUGCUCACGCAGCAGCGCAUGAUGGCCGGCAUGGCCAAGAAGAUGAAGGGCGGCAUGGCCAACAUGCAGAAGGCCCAGGGCGCCCUGGGUGGCGCCAACCGCCAGCAGCAGAUGGCCGCGAUGCAGAAGCGCCUGGCCAGCAUGGGCGGUGCGGCCGGAGGCGCGGGCGCCGCGGGGGGCGGGAUGCCGGAUCUGGGCGCCAUGAUGAAGAUGCUCGGGGGCGGAGGCGGUGGCGGGAUGCCGAACCUGGGAGGCAUGGACAUGCAGAAGAUGAUGCAGAUGAUGGGCGGCAUGGGCGGUGGUGGCGGCGGCGGUGGUGGACGACGGUAG